AAGCUCCAGGUGAACUCAAUCUGCCAAUGGCGACGAGAAAGAGACCCUUAGACGAUCCAUGAAUGUCGCUCCGCAAGAUCUGGCCCAGCUCUUCUGGCCGCUCUGAUGUUUUGAGGCCUACCGAAGUAACUGCAGGAGUACUUCCGCGUGAUUACUAUCUCACUUGCAUUGAGACCACGCCGCCACCUUAUAUCAGUCGCAGCGCAUUCGUAUCUGACAGUCUCGUCGAGCACUUGAUGCGUCAUAAGAAGGACAGCGCUCUUGGAUGCAAAUUCGAGACGGGCAAUUCACCAUUUGACAGCAUCACAAACAUGGAAGGCGCAAUGCAUACUUUCGUCACUGCCAUCGUACCGGCCGCUAUGCAUGGUGAUUACGUCUUUGACCAAAGACAUAAAGUGCAGGUCUUUCAGUUACAAACAAGUAAUCAGCAGCAGGCGCGCGAUGUGCUCGUCAGCGCCAUGGUUCAUCCCGAUUUCGAGGAUGACAAUGUCAUGCUGCGCGCUUGUGCACUGAGAGAAGCCCCUAUCAAGGGCGAGCAAUGGCCGGCUGAUGAAGGUCCGUUAAACACCAAGACUAAGCAAGAUUCUCGCGCUCGUGAAGCCUACGACGAACGCCUGCGACUGCAUCUGGUAGCUAAUAUGGUGCAUGCACAAGGUUUGCCUGCGAGAACAAGUAUCGGCGAGUCCAUACGCUCGGUGUCUCAGACGAUAGCGAAGCUCAAUACAAUGAUCAGUGAUGGCAAAUGCACAGUACUGGCCUUUGUGGACUGCUUCGUCUCUAGCUCCUCAGGGGAAGUGCUAUCUUGCGAGAUGUUGUUUCGCACUGCGGUUGAACAAGUUCGCAAUGAAUUCCGUCUUCUCGAGCAGAUUUGCCCACAAGGCUAUGUCUACACCUAUGAUCCACCCUCUAUCUUCGCUCAAUCUCUCGAUGCACGGCUCAUCGUUCGGAUGCACAUCGCAGCUCUCGCAUAUGUGAGCAACUCGAUGGAGCUCAAGCGGAUGCGGGGCUUUUGCUUCAAUGACUAUGCCGAUCCCGAGGCGCUUCCUUUAUGUACUUCUGCACUGCAAAAUCAGCUGCAUAUUCGCGUCGUUUCCAAAGGCAGCCUGUUCUCAACCUCCACAAGACAUUACGAGCCUGGAACAUGGGCAGAAGGUGCACUGCUCGUUGUGCACAACAACAGUGAUGCCUUUGGGCAGAAUAUAGAGACCGAGUCGGGCAUGUCUAGCAUGGACUCUGCGAUUGGAAGCUAUUCCAGUGCUGCUGCCUCUCUUCACAGACAGCGUGUGGACUUGUUGAGCCGGCUAAAUUGAUCAAUAUCGUUGUGCAAGUGGCAAUAGCGAGAAUUCAUGUAAUCGAAAUCGUAGAAGCUCCCGGUAUUGUUCACUUGGCUCGAUGAGGUUCCAAUGCAUAGAGUUUUGGAUCACGAGUUCACCGAGUUGCGUCUUGUAGAUAUCAAGAUUC